AUGCUCGUGUCGCCCGCAGCGGCGACGACCUACGAUCUCGUAAAGGAGUAUUCGGGAGAGUCGUUCUUCGACGGGUGGUCCUUCUUUGGAAACUACGACAACCUGACCAAUGGCGACGCCAUCUUCCUCUCCGCGGAUGAGAACAAUGACGCGAAGCUCGCCUAUGUCGACGAGACGACGGGCCGCGCGAUCAUCAAGGUCGACAACACCACAAAUGUGCCGUACAAUGAGAAGCGCAACACGAUCAGAAUCGCCAGCGAGGAGCGCUAUGACAUUGGCAGCGUCUUCGUCGCGGACUUCUACCAUGUGCCGUACGGGUGCUCCGUAUGGCCCGCCUGGUGGUCGCAGGCGCCCAACUGGCCCACGGGCGGCGAGAUCGACACCUUCGAGGGCGUGAACAUGGUGACGAUGAACCAGAUGGCGCUGCACACGGAGGACGGCUGCAAGCAGGUGUCUCCGAGCCAGUCGUCGACGCUGGUGAACUCGACGGACUGCAACAAGGACGUGAACGAGAACAGCGGGUGUGUGGUGACGGACCCGGAGACGGACUCGUAUGGGGAGGCGUUUGCGAAGGCGGGCGGGGGCGUGUGGGUGACGGAGAUGGCGAGCUCGGGGAUUUCCAUCUGGUUCUACUCGCGCAGCGAGGUCCCCGACGCGAUCAAGAACAACGACUCGUCCAUCGACACGUCCUCGCUCGGCACGCCGGUCGCGAACUGGCCGACGGGCGGCUGCGACAUCGACACGUUCUUCCAGGCGCAGAACCUGAUCUUCGACAUCACGCUCUGCGGCGACUUUGCGGGCGCGGACAAUGUGUUCUCGCAGACGUGCUCGGGGAAGUGCUAUGAGGACUACGUCGUCGGCAACGGCUCCGUCUACGCCACCGCUUACUUCGACAUCGCCGCCGUGCGCGUGUUCGGCCAGAGCGGCACCAACGUCGUCGUCGACGGUGACUCGGGCGCGCUGCCAAACGCGAAGUGGGGCUUAGGCUCGCUCGUUGCGGCCGUGGGCUUCUUGUUUGGCGUUGCGCUUUGA